UUAACCAUUUUUCACUUUUUUUAAUUGGUGGUCUCUUCACUGUAAAUCACCCUUUCUCAAAAGCUUCCAUGUUCAGUACAUUAUAGGGUCGGGUCUUUACUUUCUCCAUAAUGGGUCUCAAUCUUUUCAGCUAGUUAGUGGAAUUUUUGAUUGAAGAUGUUAUCUUUGUUUUGGGUUUUUGCUCCCUAAGGCUUGUGGUUCACUAAAGCCAGCAUUUUUAGUUGGUUUUAGGAGGUUUCUGAUCAAGGGCUGCAUCAGAGACUUUCUGUGGUUUAUUUGGUUUUACUUACUAUUUCCAGCACACUACUUUAGCUGGGAUUCAAACCUCAUUCCAAAAGAGACCCUCAAGCCAGGGUUUUCUUUGGUUUUUGCUCCUGAGAGAGUUGCUGAAAUGGGAACAAGUUUUAGAAGUUCAACACUUCUACUUCUCCUUGUUUUGACAAAUUCAUUCUGUCAUUCGGAGCUGCAGCCAUCAUCCGAAACCCAAACCCUUUUGACAAUUCAAAGCCUUCUCGGCUACCCAGAUGUUCUUAGCAGCUGGAAAAAUAAGACAGAUUUCUGCAAUAUUGAACCAACUUCAUCUGUUACUGUUGUAUGUUAUGAAGGUAGCAUUACUCAGCUGCAUAUUAUUGGGGAAAAGAGUGCUCCUCCGUUGCCUAGAAAUUUCUCCACGCCUUUGUUUGUUAAUACACUUGUGAAGCUUCCUAGUUUAAAAGUCCUCACGUUGGUUUCCCUUGGUCUAAGGGGCCAACUGCCUGGUAGUAUUUCAGGACUAACAUCACUGGAAAUACUCAAUAUUAGUACAAACUUUUUUCAAGGAGUGAUUCCGCAGGAGAUUUCGUCUUUGACAAAUCUCCAAACACUUAUACUUGAUGACAAUUUGUUCCAUGGUAGAAUUCCAGAUGAGUUGAGUUCAUUGUCUCUUUUGGCUGUCCUGAGUAUGAAGAAGAAUUUGUUGAAUGGGUCGAUGCCAGAAUCAUUUGGAAUUUUGGAAAACCUUAGAGUCCUUGAUCUUUCACGUAAUAAACUUACUGGUUCAGUGCCUAAUAUUAGAAGAUUGACAAACCUUCAAGUGCUUCAGUUGGGAGAUAAUUCUCUUGGACCUCAAUUUCCUCAGAUAGGUAGCAAAAAGAUAAUCACACUUGUGCUGAGGAGGAACAAGUUCCACUCUGCAAUCCCAGACGAAGUGAGCUCUUUUAAUCAGCUUCAAACUAUUGAUUUGUCUUUUAACAAAUUUGUAGGACGUUUUCCACCUUCUUUGUUUUCCCUGCCAUCAGUAACUUAUCUAAACAUUGGAGAAAACCGAUUUACUGGAAUUCUUUCUGUAGAUAUGGCCUGCAAUGCGGCACUUAAAUUAGUGGAUUUAUCUGGGAAUCUUUUAUCUGGUAGUUUGCCAAACUGUCUUCUCUCCGAUCCCAAAAAUAGGGUUGUUAUUUCUGCUAAUAAUUGCUUAGCUAAUGGAGAAAGAAGUCAACAUGCCAUCUCCUUUUGUAGUACUGAAGCUCUGGCUGUGGGAAUCAUACCUCAUCACCAAAAGAAAAGGCAAGCCUCCAAGAUGGUGCUGGCAUUGAGUGUAUCUGGAGGAAUUAUUGGUGUAAUCAUAAUAGUUGCCCUAGUUUUCUUGGCACUGAGAAGAGUUCGUGGAACGCGUAUAGUGAAAUCACCUCCAGAUAGAUCAAUGAAGGAAAAAGCAUCUGCAGGAAACUCAAAUUUGCAUCCAGAUGCAAGGUAUACAAGUAGAGCAAUGAAGCUAGGAGCACUUGGUGUUCCAGCUUAUCGGACCUAUUCAUUGAAAGAGCUCGAGGAUGCAACUAAUAACUUUGACACAUCAGCUUUUAUUAAUGAUGGUCCCUACAGUCAGAUGUACAAAGGUCAGCUUAAGGAUGGCAUGGUCAUCGCCAUCAGGUGUCUCAAAAUGAAAAAAAGCCACAGCACUCAAAGAUUCAUGCACCACAUAGAACUGAUAUCUAAACUUAGAAAUCAAAAUUUGGUCAGUGCUCUUGGGCACUGCUUUGAGUGUUACUUGGAUGAUUCGAGUGUUAGCAGAAUAUUUCUGGUCUUCGAAUAUGUGCCACAUGGAACACUAAGGGACUGGUUAUCUGUUAGAAGUAAUAGGAAAAGGCUCACUUGGUCCCGACGCAUAUCAGCUGCCAUAGGGGUUGCAAAGGGCAUCCAAUUUCUACACACGGGUAUUGUGCCUGGCGUAUUCACAAAUAACCUAAAAAUAACAGAUAUUUUAUUGGACCAGAACCUUGUAGCAAAGAUUGGCAGUCACAAUCUGCCUAUUAUAGCACAAAAUAUGGGGAAGGUAGGCAGUCAAAGAAGAUCAAAAGAAGUUGAUGCCACCAGGAUUCAAUAUCAGGAAAAAUCUGAUAUUAAAGACCUAGGGGUGAUACUACUAGAAAUAAUAGUUGGUCGAAAUAUCAGCACACAAAAUGAUGUGGAAAUUGUGAUGGACCAGUUACAAGCAAGCUUAACAGCUGACAGUGCAGCUCGAAAGAGCAUGAUUGAUCCAGCAGUUCGAAAUGCAUAUUCAGACGAAUCUUUGAAGACAAUGAUGGAAAUAUCCAGCAGGUGUAUGCUUAAGAAUCCAGCUGAUAGACCUUCCUUAGAGGAUGUUCUGUGGAAUUUGAGAUUUGCUGUUCAGGUUCAGGACUCUUCUCAAAGCAGUGAUGCUUCCCCAGAUUCGCCUUUUCGAACUUCAGUUCCAUGGCACUAAAAUCCAGGUAUCACCAAGAAUCUUCACCGGUCUGUUGGGACUUCUAGAUUAUAUAUCUCUAUGUCAUGACAUGCUUGCAUCACUGACCAGCCAUCAGAAUAGACAGGGAUGAAAUUUUUCCAGUUAUUUUUUCUCUCUGUAUAUAAGUUUGUAGAUUACAAGUCUGAAGGAGUUCAUAGAAUACAAGAACUGCCUGAUUAGACUAAUGCUGUGCACCAACCAAUAUAUUGAGGUCAAAUUUUCGGAUUGCA